AUGAACGGAACAGUCCCCCAAGGCAGAACAUUGACGCUUGCAUCAGGCUCACCUCGCCGCAGACGCCUCAUCGAAGCCAUCGACAUGCCGAUAAGAAUAGUCGGCAGCGGCAACGAUGAGCCACUACCAUACAGCGUUGAAUCUCCCCAAGCAUACGUCCAGCGCCUCGCCUUGAUCAAGGCAAGACACGGACUCGCUCAGGCGCAGGCUGAGUUAGCCCUCGGCGCGGACACCUCGGUUGUUAUCGACAGGUACAUCCUAGGCAAGCCCACAGACGCCGCCGAAGCAACCAGAAUGCUGAGACGCCUGCGCGGUCGGUCACAUAGCGUCGUCACCGGUAUCGCUCUUGCAGAUGCGGCAACCGGCGUUGAACUCACAUCGGCGAAGGUCAGCAGAGUCCAUAUGCGCGAAUACACUGACGAGGAAAUCGCCGCCUAUGUAGAAUCUGGAGAGCCCUUCGACAAGGCGGGCGCAUACGCAGUCCAGGACAGGCGCUUCAAGCCCGCGAGCCGCAUCUACGGAUGCUACCGGAAUACGGUUGGACUGCCAUUGUGCGACGUUCUUACCCUGCUGGAACGCAUCGGUACUCCCGCCACCUUCAAGCAGGGCUGGACAGCGCCACGCGGGUGCCCAGACUGCGACCGCUGGCACAGCAUCACCAGCCGGGAAGCAGAGGUGAACCGACUAUGA